UUCUUUUUUCCGGGUAGAGUAAGACAUUAGACAGGAAAAAACGGAAAGCGCGCAAAACAGAAGAACGCGACUAGAAAGGGCCAGACGCCGUACGGUUGCCGGGACGGCGGCAGCGGGUGAGCUUCUUGCAGUCCUCCUUCCUGAUGUUUCUUCUUUAGUGAUUGAAGCACAAUAACAUCAAUUAGUUAAUUGAAAAUGGAUAGACGUAGAAGCCAGAGAAUUCAAUCCAUGAAGAAGCACGGUUCCUCUGAUUCAGACUCUAACUCACAUGAUCACGAUGAUAAGAGUUGUAAAGUGAUUUCAAAGUUGUUGCUUCUUGAAGACUUGUUGUUUCAUGUCCUUACUUUGGUUCCUCUUACCUGCUUGUUUAACUCUGCAAGAUAUGUUUGCAAACCUUGGGCUGCUACUAUUGCAAGCUCCCCUUUUGCUGAAGCAUACGAACGCCGUCCACGUUCUAAGCCUGGUCUAUAUGUUCAAAAUUGCACCACAACAAGUAGUUCUUAUUUCUUGGAAUUUAAAGAUGAUGUGAAUGACCAAUUUGAAAGGACUGAUUUAGGAACACCUCAAAAACUAGGAUAUGUAAUCGGUAGUUGUGAUGGCAUAUUGCUGCUUAUGAGUAUGGCUAGGCAAAUUUCGGUCGUGAACCCUAUCCUCAAGUGCUGGCUUAGAUUUCCUCGUUUUCUUUCUCAGGAUCAUAUAGUAGUUAGGUGGCAAUAUACUAUAGCACGUGUUCCUCGCACUUCCAAAUUCAAGCUUUUCCUUAUAGAUGUCCUUGAGGUUUCGGGUGCUUGUUGGUAUGUUUUCUAUGUGCUGAGAAUCGGAAUAGAUAAUGCAUGGAAAGAGAUAGCUAAAAAAGAAGCCCCCAUUCGUUGGCAUUUCUUAUGGUUCCCGCUUUAUAGUGGAGGCAAUGAUCUUUACUGGAUAACAUAUGACAAAGUGAUUGUGAUGGAUGUUGACAAGGAAACUAUUGUACGAGAAUAUCCACUUCCCUCUAGAAAUAUGCGUUUUGGUCCGCUUGCGAUACUUUUAUGGAUGGGAAAUCGCCUUUCUUGCAUUGCGACUAAAGAUACUUAUAGUACAUAUCAAAUCUACAUUCUGGAUUUUGAUUCAGGAAAAUGGUCUCUUCAUCAUGAGAUGGGACCUUUUGAUUAUGUGUCUGCUUGUGGUCAUAGGCUUAAUACUACGGAUGUGAAGUUUCGUUUGUGGAUCAACGAUCAAAUUAUCUUUCGAGUACGUCUACCUCAAAGCCCAAUAGGAAAUUUAUUGCCAGGCCUUCAAUACAUACAUUUUGGUUACAAUGUGAAGACCAGGCAAUUGACAAAGAUUGAGGACAUUGACGUUGGCAACUUUGAAGUAUGUCUUCACACUAACAGUCUAGUUUCAUUGCCAGGAUACAUUACUCUAUAUGUGAAAGUAAUGAACACUUGGGAAUAAAAUCAGGCAAUAUGUGAAAGUAAUGAACACUUGGGAAUAAAAUCAGGCAAUAUAUUUUGUUUGAUAUAUAUAUAUAUAUAUAUAUAUAUAUAUAUAUAUAUAUAUAUAUUUGAGUGAUGUUCUCCAACUCUGCGAAGUGGUCGACGGCAAUAUGUCAUGCUGCUUCAUGAAAAUGACUCAAACUAUUAGAAUGAGGGAGGUCAUCACAGACCAUAUAGAUCAUGGUUUUAAUUGUGGUUGUUACGCUGUGAAUCUUUAUAUUUUGAUAAAAUGCGUGAAAAUGCAUCUGCAAUGCUGAUGUGCAGACCUAUAAGUUAUUCCUCUGCAAUUGAGGCGAUGCUUGGAAAUGGGAUUAUGUAUUUUGAUCCUCAAUUUUCUCUACCAUUUUUCUUCGUAUUCUAUCUCUUUUCUAUGUGAUAUGUUAUGGGUUGAGAAAAAGUGGAUUUUUCACUCAUGACCUGAAAUUCUUAUGAACCAUAUUCAUGGAUUAUUUAGAAAAGAUAAUGGCUUUGUAUUUGAUAUA